AUGAAUGCUCUCCCAUCGCCUAUACCGCAGAAUUGCUCCUUAAUGACGGCUCCACAAAUCGGCAAUGAGACUGAGAAAGAUGCAUCAGAUCCGCUUGACAAAAUUUUUACUUACACGCCCAUGCCGACAGUUAUCCUUAAUUCAGCUCUCCGAGUCGUCGAGGUAUCGAAAAGCUAUCUUGCUUUAUUCAAAUUUGACAGGGAGAAGGUGCUUGGAUCUCCAUUGUUUGGUUUGCAUGAGAUCUCAGCUUCUCGUCUCCCCUUACUACUUGGGGCACUUAGCAACGCUGUUUCCACGCGGUCUAUUCAAUUGACGGUCUCACCAUGGGGCGGAUGCGAACAUCUGCAGGUUACGCCUAUCUUUGACGAGUCCAGCCUUCUUUACCUAACUCUUGAGCUUCAAAACAACAUCAUAUGCGGCGGGCUUCUUGGUGGGGAAUGA